CCACUUGACCUCCAGGGCGUCCACAGCAGUGUUUAACAGGCACAAAGGGAGUACUCUUGCAAGUAUCUCCUGUUUACAUGCCAGAUUCCCCUGCUAGUUCACACAAUGUUCAAAAGGCACAAGUCCCUGGAACGCAAGAGGGAAUUGUUAUUCCAGGGACUUCCACAGUCCACAAUGAAGAAUAAUACAAGAAAUUUCCACUCUUUGUCACAACUUGUACUCUCAGCAGGCCCGCUCAAAACUACUACAGCAGUCAAACAUUCAAAAACGACUCACUUUGAGAUCGAAAUACUGGAUGCUCAUACAAGAAAACAAAUAUGUAUUGUGGAUAAGAUACAUGAAAGAAACAAGAUAUGGGUAAAGGUCACACAAACAUCAACUAUUCAUGAUGUCAAACAGAAGUUUCACAAAGCAUGUCCAAAGUGGUACCCUUCUCGAAUUGGCCUACAACUAGAAUGUGGUGGCCCAUAUUUGAAGGACUACAUCACAGUUCAAAGUGUUGCAGCUUCUUCAAUUAUCACACUGUAUUUUACAGACUUGGGUCAGCAAGUCGGGUGGACCACAGUCUUUCUGGCCGAAUACUCAGGACCUCUGUUAAUAUACCUUCUUUUUUACCUGAGAAGCUCAUACAUAUAUGAUGUCAAGGAGAGCUCUAGAUGGCCCCGGCACCCUGUGGUACACUUGGCUUGCUUCUGCCAUUGUAUCCACUACAUCCGACUUCUUCUGGAAACUUUAUUUGUUCACAAAGUUUCUACAGGACACAGUCCUAUGAAAAACUUGAUAAAGGGUUGUGCAUUUUACUGGGGAUUCACUUCUUGGAUGGCUUAUUAUAUUAAUCACCCAAGAUAUACACCACCAUCAUUUGGAAAUAGGCAAGUAAUAGCAUCUGCUAUCAACUUUUUGUUCUGUGAAGCCGGAAAUCAUUUCAUCAAUACAGUAUUGGCUCAUCCAAAUCACACAGGUAGCAAUGCCUGUUUCCCAAGUCCAAAUUACAACCCCUUUACAUGGUUGUUUUUCCUGGUUUCCUGUCCUAACUAUACCUAUGAGAUCGGAUCUUGGAUUAGUUUCACAGUCAUGACCCAGACACUUCCAGUUGGUAUUUUCACAAUCUUAAUGACCAUCCAGAUGUCUCUGUGGGCACGAAAGAAGCAUAAAAUAUAUCGGAAGAAGUUCAACUCAUAUGUUCAUAGGAAAUCAGCCAUAAUUCCACUCAUAUUAUAAGUAAAUAUAGCUAUUCUAAUCUGAGCAAGAAGUGCAGAAUAUAAAUUCACUCAAAAAGGCUUAGAGAGUGAUUACCUAUUAUAAUGCAACAAUUGGUUAAUAACAAUAUUCUAAUGAAAUUGAAAGGAGAUUUCACUAAAUUUCUGUUAUGAAGUAGAGGUAAUAAAAAGCAGGAAUUAAUCUAAGCAUGAGGACUCAUUGCUGAUUACCAGCAUAUUGAAAGUUGAGUCAGGAGGAUUGCCUUGAGUGAGAGUCCCUACAAGUUUAUGAUGGAAAGACAUUAGUACAAUGAGAAUGAGAAAAAUAAAGCAGAUAUUAUCAAUACAAAUAUUAAAAUAGCAUUAAAUUAUUUGCAAGAGCUUGAUCUCAAAAUAGUCUUAUUGCCUUAAUAUGUCAUAGCAGUAUUAUAUAGGGUAAUUAAUUGAAUUAGCAGGCUUCUGGGCUGGCCUACUGGAUUGGUGCUUAGUAUUUUCAUGUUCUUCUCAGAACUUUCCAUAUUCUAUUUACGUCUUAGAAACAUCCAUUAUUAUUCCCUUAGACUUUGUGGCAUCUUUAUUUUUGUUUUUUGUUAUUGAAAUGUUUCCAGUUUUACAUUGUUUGACACUCAAAAUAGCAACCCAAACACUAUUACCUCCCUGCAGGAAACUGCAGACCCCAGACUUUCAAAACAUUAAUAAUUUGCAUUGUUAUUCCUCAAAUUUAUUCUUUUAAAAUUUAUAUGAAUGCAUUAUAGACAGACACAUCUUGGCUUAGAUAAAGAAAAGAUGGCCUAGUUUAUAUGACUAUAAAGAAUGUAUAGGUACUAAUGAAAACCAAUUAGAUUCAAGUAAUGUAAAUAAUACUAAGAUUACUUCAUACAUUGUUGUUUUAUCCUAUGGCUACAUGGAACAUACGGGAUAAAUAUCUGAUCUGAAAUACCCAGUCAAUCACACAAUUUGCAAGUACAUAAAAUGGUGGUGAAUUAUGUAUGUCCAAUGACACUUUCAUGGACUAAUUUAGCUCUUAGUCUGUUGAUCUAUUUUUGUAUUUCAUAUAUAGAAAAAAGAGUGAGUUUGGUAUGGUUUUGUGAAGAAAAAAGUACUAUUUGAGACAAGACCAGAUUGGUUCCUGAUAUCACAGUAAAACAUACUACUGCCUCAUUACUUCAAAGUCCAUACAAAAGAAAGAAAAACAAAACAAAAGAGAUACACUCUCAAGUAGAAGUAGAAGUAAGAAAAAAAAAAAACCUGAGCAUCUUUCAGUUUCCAUAUAUUAAAGAAA